CUUGAUAUUAAUCCUGAGAUUCGGAUGUCUACAGAGCAGUUUCUUGAAAUGGAUUCUGCUAUUGCAAGUCAUGAAAUCAUGUCUGAUAUGGAAAUUGUGGAGGAAGUUUUGUGCCGCUCUAAUCCUUUGCCACCUGAAAACAAUUCUGAAGACGAGCAGGACGAAGUGGAAAUUAAUGCAGAGUUUUUAAAAAAACUUAGGCAGCUAACACGAAAAGCUACAUUAAAGGUAGCACAACAAAAGAAACAACAGAAUAUCAGUUCCUUUUUUGAUAAUGAAUCUUAA